GAAUCUAUUGUAUUCUAGAGAGUUUCUGCUAAACAAUAUCACUAACACCGGACAAUACUUCACAAGUAAUGGCCUGGAAAUUACAGACAUAUUAACACCAAACUCAUAGCAAAUACAUAUAGCUUACAUAGAAAGAAAGUCAACGAGCUAAAUACAUAACAAGAACCCAAAAACCUAAAUUCAUAAAAAAGAAAAAAAAAAGUCAACGAGCUAAUGAAAUCACAAGGAUUCUCAUAUAUAAUCGGAUUACCAAACUGGUUCUGGUUCAAAAUUAAUAGACUUUUAAUCGAAAACAACAUCAUCGUCUCUCAGUCGAUCAAACUAGACCCUAAUGUCAAAGAAAUGAAACUACUCUGCCAAACUACAUCUCAACCAAUCCGGUUAACUUCGGUUUAAGAGUUUUAAAGACUCGUUCUACAAGGAUGGCGGGUAAAAUAGGGAGGCUUCCGGUUUAGACCAAACAAACCGCCACAGGAGAAACUAUCAGCGCCUUGGUCUUUGGUCAAAAUUCAAUUCUCAUUCCCUCUUUGGUCAAUUCAAUUCCCUCUUAUUUUUAAAAUGUUUUUCUGCCUAUCAACAAAACCCUAUAUAUACAAACCUAGCAUCAUAUCUCUACCAUCCUCAUCUUCUUCAUUACAAAACUAAAGCGAGAUACAAAGAAACGUAACCAAACCAUUCAAGAACCGGUUUCCAACUGAGCGAAAGAACAAAACAUUCUUGUAUACAUCAAUGGCUUCAUUACAGGUUUCAAGAUUAGUUCUUUCCUCGUCUUCUUCAAGCUCAAUACCUAAAGCUGCAGUCUCCAUCCCCAAGUUACCUAAAUUCAACGUCAUGGUUCCAAAAAUACCGAUAAAGAAGCAGACUUUUUGGGUUAAAGAAGAGAGCUUUGGGUUAGAAAGUCUUCCUCUUCCGUUGAAACAGAGGAGAGACUCUGAUCCAAUCCAAAGGGCACGCCUCGUCGCGGUUCUUGAAGAAGUCAUGGACAGGAUUGAGAUGCACAAGAACAUCGGAGACCAGCGCAACAACUGGAACUCUCUACUGCUCAGUUCCGUCAACAUGAUCACUCUCACCGCCGCUUUGAUGGCAGGAAUAGCUUCCGUUAACGUUCACGGCGGAGAUUCUAUAACAGCUGUGAAGAUAGCUUCAACUGUGUUGUUAACUUCUGCAAGUAUAGGUGCCUUGAUGAGCAAGAUUCAACCGUCUCAGCUCGCUGAAGAACAGAGGAACGCGGCGAGGUUGUUCAAGAAGCUGAGAACCGAACUCGAAAGUUUUCUGAGAGAAAACGAGGAGAUCAACGAAGAAGAUGUGAAGGAAGCGAUACAGAGAGUGUUGGCUCUAGACAAAGCUUACCCUCUUCCUCUAAUCGGAACAAUGCUCGAGAAGUUUCCGGAAGAGUUUAAACCGGCGAGUUGGUGGCCUGAAAACAAACAGAGAACCGGUUUAGCUAAAGGGUGGAGUCAAGAGCUUGAGAUGGAGAUGAGAGAGGUAGCUCGUGUGGUUAAGAGCAGAGACGCAGAAGAGUAUGAGAAAUUAGGUAACGUGAUGCUGAAGCUUAACCGGUUCUUGGCUAUUUUUGGACCGGUUUUAACCGGAAUUUCUGCAGUGAGCUCUGUUUUUAUCGGUCAAGAUUCCGGUUUAGCUGGAAUUGUGGCGAUGACUUGUGCUUCUUUGGCUGCGGUUGCUAACACUUUAGAGCAUGGUGGUCAAGUGGGGAUGGUGUUUGAGAUGUACAGAAACUCAGGCGGGUUCUUCUCUCUGUUAGAAGAAACGGUAAAGUCCACGGAGAAGAGAGAAAAUGGACAAGUGUUUGAGACAAAAGUUGCGUUGAAGCUAGGGAGAAGCUUGUCGGAACUGAGAGAUCUUGCGAAGAGAUCAAAUCUCUCGCAGGUUAAGGCUAAUGAAUUUGCAAGCAAACUUUUCUAGUUUUUUUAACAGAGAUAAUUAACAUUGUUAUGUAUAGAUGAAUUCAUUCAUUCUUUGAUUUAUUUGUAUCAACAAAAUUUAUUAUACUUUUGCAAAGAGCUAUGUUUUAAUAGAAACUUCAACGAGAACUUGAGCUAUAAGUUAAGUAUUUGGAGGCGGGUGACGAGAUGAAAUCAUCAAAUUGAUUCCAAACCGAAGCAGCAGAACAGGAAUCUAAUAUAAACAAAAUUUUCUUAAUAUUAUCACCAAAAAAAAAUGAGAAUUUAAUCCAUUACAAAUUCAUAAUUUUCCAUUAAAAUACACAUGAAAAAAUUAAUUUAAUAAAUUAAGAAUAACUUUUUACCUAAACCAAAUCAUAGACAACUGACAUAAAUAGGUAAUAUACUGGACCCCCAAAAAAAUUGUGUUCAAAAUAUUGUCAUAUGUCCAAAUUAUACAUAAAUUAUAUAAGACUAAAAUUUAAUUAAUUAAUUAGUUUUUGUUAAUUUUACUAAAUAAUAAAAAAAAUAUAAAAUUUUACAUUUUCUAUAAAUUUAUUUUUAUAAAAACAGUAUUUAGUUUUUUCAAAAAAAAUUAUACACAUGGCAUUCUCGUCAGCAAAAUUAGCUGACGUAACAUCCACGCAAGCAAAAGUGGAUGAUAUGGCAGCUGAUGUGGCGACUGAAGUAUGAUUUCGCCAAAAAAUUAUAAGUCGGAUAUGUUUUGGCAAGACCAUAUAAGUUCAGAUAUGUUUUGGCACGGCCAUAUAAAUUGGGUAUGAAUUGAACAUAUCGCGAUAUGUUGGGUAUGAAAUGAGCGUUUUCUCGUUCACUAUAUAAUACUAUUCUAUUUCUUCUUUGCAAAUAGAACCGUUUAUGUGAUUACAAAAUACAAGAAAACUCAAAUGUAGAGAGAGAAUUUUUUUUAAUAUGUAUUAUUUAUAAAAAUAAUGUAGAAUGAAAUAAAAUAUUCUUGUUAAUAACAAUUUAUAUAUUCUAAAAGAAAUUUAUAUCCAUUUAAAAAAUUAAAAGACAGUGUAUGUAAAAAACUUUAUGUUUUAGUCAGAUAUUAUUAAUUGACUAAGUUCUAUUGGUAAAGAAAAUAUAGGUCAAAAUAAAAUGAGAGAAGAAGAGAAGAAAAAAUCGAAAAUAAAUCAAAGACAAGAUUAAUUAGGGGUAGAUAUAGUAAUCUUAUAUAUUAAAA